AUGGCCGACUCCCAAGAUCACGAUCACGAUACUCUGGUCGCACAAUUCGUUGCAGUUGCAGGUUCCAGCGAGCGCUUUGCCCGUCAAGUCCUCGCUGCCAGCGGCUGGAAUCUUGACCUCGCUAUUGCCAACUACUACCAGGCCCAAGAAGACCACACCGAAGACGCGGCUGAUGAUUCAGAUUAUGAAGAAGAAGAUUCCGAAAAUGCUCCUCCUGCCCAACCACAUUCCACCUAUGGCGCUGGUCGGAGACUGGGCGAGUCUUCCUCAGACAGCCCUUCCGUCCCAGUUGCUUCCUCUUCCGGCCCUUCCCAACCGAAACAGAGCUCUUCUCAGAAGAAAUUCGCUACAUUAGGCGACUUCAACUCAGCCGCCGGAAAUGCCGAUGAUUCGGACGAUGACGACAAACAUGACUUGUUCACUGGCGGUGAAAAGUCAGGACUGGCCGUGCAGAACCCAGAUGAUCUCAAAAAGAGAAUCCUUGAAAAGGCUCAGAAGCGUGGUCCACCUCCCAAAGAAGCACCUGCCCGACAAUCCCACUUCACUGGCUCGGCACGAACCCUUGGGGGUGAUGAUGAACCAUCGCGCGAGGUUGCAGCCGCCCCACAGCCCAGAGGUAGAGCAGACCGUGUGGACAGAGUCCUGCACUUCUGGCAAGAUGGCUUCAGCAUCGAUGAUGGGGAUUUAUAUCGUUUUGACGAUCCUCGAAAUUCCGAAAUUCUCAACCUCAUAAGGCAAGGUCGAGCCCCGUUGAAUAUCAUGAAUGUCCAACCUGGUCAAGAGGUCGAUGUCGAGAUUAAACAACACGAAGAGAAGUAUGUCAAACCCAAGAAGAAGUUCCGGCCAUUCGACGGUUCAGGUCAGCGCUUGGGUAGCCCUACACCCGGAAUGCCUUCCAUGCCAGGUGCAUUCACUUCAGAACCAUCGGUCCCGCCAAGUGCGACGCCUUCGAGUGCCCCUCCAAGCACUGAGGUGGAUGAAUCCAAACCAACAGUGACACUCCGCAUCAGCCUAGGAUCUGGAACUAGGUUGACCUCGCGCUUCAACACAACCCAGACCAUCGGUGAUGUCUACGACUUUGUACAACGAGCAGAACCUGGAGGAAGGGAUUUUGUGUUGCAGACAACCUUUCCCACAACUGAAUACGAGGACAAAUCCCAAGCAUUGGGUGAUAUUGCCGAGUUCAAAAGGGGAGGUGCAGUGGUGCAGAAAUACCUGUGA